AAACCUUUUCACUUUUGUCAUCUAGGAGAUAAUAUAUUUGGGCCAAGUGCUGCAGAUGCUGCUGAAUCUUUAGUCAGAGCCGUUGGUCCUGCCUUGGAGUCCAGAAUUCCUUGGGCAGCAAUUUUGGGUAACCAUGACCAAGAAUCUACCAUGAGCCGGGAGGAACUGAUGUCAUUUAUUUCUCUUAUGGAUUAUUCGGUAUCUCAGAUCAAUCCAUCUAUGAGCGACUCUGCUGAUGGUGUUGAAAGUACAGUAGCCAUUGAUGGGUUUGGGAACUAUAAUCUCAGAGUGCAAGGAGCUUUUGGGUCUGAUUUGGCCAAUACCAGUAUCCUCAAUCUCUUAUUUCUUGACAGUGGAGAUAGGGCUACCGUCGAUGGUCUUCGAACUUAUGGCUGGAUCAAGGAAUCUCAGCUUCAUUGGCUUCGGAGCUUAUCUGAGGGCUUUAAGGGGAACGAAUGGGAUCGAAAGUCGCUAUAUGGCAACUUGUUGGCUCCUGCCCUGGCACUUGCAUUCUUCCACAUCCCAAUCCCAGAAAUUCGGCAGCUCUGGUAUAAGAAGAUUGUGGGCCAGUUUCAGGAAGGAGUUUCCUGUUCUGCUGUUAACUCUGGCGUUUUGCCUGCCCUUGUGUCCAUGGGAGACGUGAGGGCUGUCUUCAUUGGCCAUGAUCACACUAAUGACUUUUGUGGGGAGAUUGAUGGUAUAUGGUUUUGCUAUAGUGGGGGCUUUGGAUAUCAUGCUUAUGGUAAAGCAGGCUGGCCUAGAAGAGCAAGGAUAAUUCUGGCUGAGCUAGGAAAGGGGGAGAAGGCGUGGAUGGGAGUCGAGAGGAUCAAGACUUGGAAGUGUCUUGAUGAUGAGAAUCUGAGCAAGAUUGAUGAGCAAGUUUUGUGGCACUGUUAAAGAUGAUAAACAACAAGGGCAAGAGAACUACCGGCAAUGCAUAACAGUCUUGGUGCAAAGAAUAUUUUGGAUUUGAAGUGACUAUUUUUUCUUUCUUUUGUUGGAGUAUGCCCUUUCACACUGGGUUGGAGUAAUGUAGUCGACCCCAUUUAGUUGGGAAAAUGUUGAUUUUUUUUUGUUGUACAGUUUGGGUUGAAAGUUUCUUGCGUUGGAUUGGCAUCAGAUGAGUUUCUUGGUGGGCGAAAGAUUCUGCCUUGCUUAUACUGUACAUUUUUUUGUGAUGUUUUCUAUAAUUUUACUGUUGAGCCACGUGGAUUGAUGAUUUGGAAAGCUAACGCUGGAUAGAUGAUGUGAGACCAUAUUGUGAAACCACUUGUAUGAAAUUUUUGUGGCA